AUUAAAUGGAUCCUAAUGCCUAAAUCAAUGAGAGGUAUACAAAAUUAUAGGAAAAAUUGGGGGCUCUUUAAUUCGAAGUUGAUAACACAAAGGAUGCAAAAAUUGAUGAAAUUUAUGACAGAAUCAAUUAAGCUAAAAGUGAAUUGAAGGAUAUUAUCAAUAAUUACAGUGAAUAACUUGUACUUAAUUCUGUUAACAAUAGGGAUAAUUGACAGGUUAAUUCCAAGAUCUAACAAAAUAAUUUGAAAAACAAAAUGAAAAAUAUGGUUCCUCACAUGAAAAAAAGUUAAAAGAAAUCAAGAAUUUAGAGAAUAAACUACAAAAAAAGCUGGAUGAUGAUAUUAAAGCUAAUAGAGAGCAAAGCGAAUAAGUAUUGUCUGGCUACGAUUAAUAAGUAAGAUUUCAUUUAUUUUACUGACAGGUUCAAGAAUUACUUUAAUAGAUAGGGUAGGAAAUUAAAGUGAGAAACUAACAAGUAAAUAUUAUAAAUACAACUUUACAAAAUGAUUUACCUACAUUGUGGUAAUAUAAUGUUUAAGAAAAUUAAGAAAGAGUUCAAGAAGAUCAAUCUAUUGUGAAAAAAGCAAGUUAAGAAAUUUCCAAAUUAUUUGAUUAAGCCAAUCAAGGUAAAUCACAAAGGUAAUCCAAAUAUAUAUUUUAUCAAAAGAGAAGAUGCAGAAGUUGGUAUAUUCAAUAUGCUCAAAGAAGUCGUUAUCAGAGUCAAAAGCGAAUUAGAAGAAGAAAGAUAAUUAAGGAUGGAUGGACAUGAAGCAUUAUUAUCAAUCUUAGAAGAAGCUUAUGAGAAAAUGGAAGAGACGCAUGCCAAGGUAUAACAAUAGAAGGCUGCCCUUUAAGAAUCAAAAUGA